GGACUUUCAAAUAUUUUUGAACCCUCUAUUAUAUCAGAAAAAACACAAAAAUCCAACUUUCAAAAUUUUCUCAAGAAAAAAAAAAUAUUUAAGGCAAUUUCAAUGGCUUCUUCUUUUAAUUCUUUAAUUUGUAUAAUUAUUUUGUUGAUUGCGUCAAUUGGACAUGUUAUUGCAUGUUAUGAGUCGAUAAUUAGCUUUGGCGAUUCGUUAGCCGAUACUGGAAAUUUAAUUCGACUCUCGAAAUCUAAUGAGUAUCAUGUUGCUUCCUCGGUCCUCCCUUAUGGUGAAACCUUCUUUCAUCACCCUACCGGCCGAUUCUCCGAUGGUCGUCUUGUUAUCGAUUUCAUUGCGGAGAGUAUGAGAUUCCCACUUGUGCCACCAUAUGCUAGUUUUAUGAAAAAUAUGUCAAAUGGAAGAUUAUCAAAUUCAAUAGGAGGAGUGAAUUUUGCAGUAGCAGGAGCAACAGCUGUGGAUAUUUCAUAUUUAGAGAAAAGAGGAAUAAAGAAUCCUGCAACUAAUGUUUCAUUAGGCAGACAAUUGGAAUGGUUCAAACAAAUUUUGCCAAUUUUGUGCAAGUCACCAUCAAAUUGCAAAGAAUUUCUUGGAAAUUCAUUAGUUCUAAUGGGGGAAAUUGGAGGCAAUGAUUAUAAUCAUCCAUUUUCACAAGGAAAGACCGGGAAAGAAGUUCAGUCAUUUGUACCUGACGUUAUUAUGGCUAUCGGCGUAGCCAUUAAUGAAUUAAUUGAACUUGGUGCACAAACAUUGAUAGUACCUGGAAAUUUACCAAUUGGAUGUUCAGCUUCCUAUUUAACAAUAUUUAAAGAUUCAAAUAAAAAUGAAUAUGAUGAUUCAACUGGUUGUAUUAAUUGGUUAAAUGAUUUUUCUGAAUAUCAUAACCAAUUACUUCAACAAGAAAUUCAUAGACUUAGAGAGAUUCAUCCACAUGCCAAUAUUAUUUAUGCUGAUUACUACAAUGCCGCCAUGCAAAUUUACAAAUCCCCCCAAAAAUUUGGUUUUACAAGCACUAUUGUAGCAUGUUGUGGAGGAGGGGGUCCAUACAAUUAUGACUUAAAUAUAAAAUGUGGUUCACCAUCAUCAAAUGUUUGUGAUAAUCCUUCAUCAUAUGUUAGUUGGGAUGGUGUACAUUUAACAGAGGCAGCAUACAAAUUAAUAGCCAAAGGGUUAUUACAAGGUCCAUAUACAAUUCCUCAAAUGAAUGGAAUUUGUAAUUCAUUUGAUGGAUUAAGUAAUAAAGGAAUAUCAGAUCAAUAGUGUAUUAUAAAAGGGAUCGUAUCGUAUAUAUAACUGUUCGAUAUUAUAAAGAUAUUGUACAGUUAUACGUGGUAGGUCUAUCGAUCAGUUGUGCAUGCAACUUGGAAUUGUAACAUACACAUUACCAACUUUUAGCUUUUAUUUGAGUUGAGCCUUUGAGGGAA